CGAUCUGCAGCUCCAUCCCCGACGCGCUUGCAUUUUGCAUCCGCCAGCUCGUCCAGUCCGAGAUCGCCGGCUUUCCUCCGAUCUGGAUCAACCGCCAUCUCCUCUCCCGUCCGCUUGGAACCGCUCCCCCACCGCACUCUUGCCAUGAGAGACUUUGUCCAAAUCGGCCGCAAGAUCAUCGCCAUCGGCAGAAACUAUGCCGAGCAUGCCAAAGAGCUCGGCAAUGCCGUCCCCAAGAGCCCCAUGUUCUUCCUCAAGCCCACAUCGUCCUACCUCGUCCGGCCCAGCGAUGGAUCGUUGGGCAUCAUCGAGCGUCCCAAGAACGUGAUCCUACACCAUGAGAUCGAGCUGGCCCUGGUCAUCGGCAAGAAUGGAAGGGACAUCAAGGCCAGCCGGGCCAUGGACUAUGUCUCAGGCUAUGCCCUGGCCUUGGACAUGACUGCAAGAAACCUCCAGGAUGCUGCCAAGAGCAAAGGCCACCCCUGGUCUGUGGCCAAGGGCUUCGACACCUUUACGCCGAUCGGCGAGUUUAUCGAAAAAGAGCGAGUCCAUGAUCCCAGCAAUCUUGACAUUUGGCUCAAGAAUGAUGGCAAGCUCGUUCAAAACGGCAACACCAGGGACAUGCUCUUCAGUAUCCCUGCAUUGAUCGAGUAUGUCAGCUCGGUCAUGCGGCUUGAGGCCGGUGAUGUCAUUCUGACUGGCACGCCCGCUGGAGUUGGACCCGUUUUGCCAGGCCAAAUUCUGCAAGGCGGCUUGAGAAACCCUGGAUCGGAUCAAGAUAUCGCAACGAUCGAGUUCCAGGUGGCCGAUCGUCCUGGGUCAGGCUUGUUUGGCUGCGAGGAAUGAAGCCGCUCCUGUCAUGAAUGGGAUGUCCAUUUGUGUCAGAAACAGCAAACAAGCGAGCGAGCAAACGAAUGUGAGAGGAAACCGGCAGUGGUGAAGUGUUCAUUUUGAAACGAGGCACCCAGUGCUGUCGCUGUUUCCUGGUCUGAAUACACCGCUGUGAUCGACCGGGUGUAUUCAAGACGAACAAUCGCACUAUCUUCUCUAUCUGGAUGGACUGUAUACUCCUACUAACUCCUCCAGCCCCACUCCCCUCUCUUGACCAAGCAAUGCCACCGGGCAUCGCCAAAGAAAGCUCCGUGCACGAUAGAAUGGUGGCUCUGGUUCAUUAGUACGGAAGCUCUGGUUCAUAGGUCGACUCUGAAAAUCAUAAUUUUCACUGGUAGCCUCCAACGGGGCUUCUCUCUUGGAAGGCUUUAGAGGAAGGGGAUU